AUGAAUACUUAUCCAGUGAAUAAUGAAGGAAAUGAUAGUACUGUUAAACUAUUAGAUUCAUCAAAAUCAAUUCAAGUUUCAGAACCCACUACUGUACAACAUGAAGUACCUAGUCAACCGAGCAGUCAAGAGCUCAGUACCCAGGAAUCAACUCAAAAUGAUACACAAGAGGAAAUCAGGAUAGCUGAUACAAAUGGAAAUAAUAAUAAUACGAAUAAUCAUCAUCAUCAACAACGGCAAUCAAUUUCUUCACAAUCUUCAAUAGCAUCUGUUUCGUCAACUACAAUAUCAUCUUCACAUUUAUAUGAAUCAGAUGAAUCACCAUGUAUUACAGAUCUGCUCAAACGUGCCAGAUCCUAUACAAAUAAUGAAACUUUAGAAUCUGAAGAAUCAAGAAGUUUAAUUAAAGAAUUAAUUACAAGUUUAAAUAAGGCAAGAAUAGAAGCUGGUCAAUAUAAGAUUAAAGCUGAGUUAUUAUCAAUAUCUUCCAAAGAUGCUGAUAUGAGAUAUGAAGUUGAAAAUGAUUUAAUUAAACGUCAAGUUGAAAGAUUAAAAGCUCAAGGUGAAAAUAUGAAUGUACUAAUGAAAAAAAUAAGUCAUCAAAAGUUAACUUUAAAAAAAUAUAAAAAUGAAAUCAUAAAUAAAAAUAAAGAAAUCAUAAGAUUGAGAUCUAAAAGUCAAAAUGAUUCAACCAUCAAUAGUUCAACUGUUAAAAAGAGAAAAAAAUCUUCAAAUUUAAGUCAUAAAGAAUCUCAAUCUCAAAAUCAAUCUCAAUCUCAAGAAUUGCCUGGAAUGUUAGAUACUUUAGGCUUGUUGGCAUCUCAAGUUUUAACAGAAGAACAAAAGCAAAAUAAUCAUAGUGCAAUCAAAGCAAAUAGUAGUCAUGAAUUAUAUCAAAAUCAUAAUUAUAAUUCACACAAUACUUCACAAAAUAAUCAUAAUCAUCAAUCAUUACCACCUGUACAUCAAUUUGCAAUGCCAAAAUUGAAUAGUUUUAAACAUAGAUCAACUCCAGAUAUAAAUGAAAAUGGACAUAAUGAAACAACAAUAAGUGAUUAUAGUAUGAAUCAAUAA